UUUUGACAAAUGACACAUAAUUUCGCGAUCAUAACAGUUGUGCAAUUCAAUUCUGUCAAAUCGUUCAUAAAGAGAGAACGUCGAAGAAAAAAAUGGAUAUUGAAAGUGGUCAAUUUGACGAUGCAGAUAAUGAACAGCCCAUCUCAACAACUCAGAGUAAAGCAGACUGCAUAGAGUCGACCAUGAAUUUAUUCAAAGGUAAAAUGGACAGUACAAAUGGUUAUCAUGGUGAUGAUUUUGAUGAUGAUGAAGAAGAUGAUGAUGACGAUGAUGAUUACCUAGACUGGGAUGAUGAUUCCGGUGGAAUGUUGAAACCUGUGACGUCCAGCAACAGUAGGAGCGCGCCAAAUCAACAACAGAAGACAGCUGGACCGUUGCAACCCAGCGAGAAAGUCAUGAGGAAAUACAUUGACAAGAUCAAUGUUGAGAAGUACACGGGUCCACAACUGACAAGCUCUGCUUCCUCAGCUCUCACAUCAAAGGGAAAACAGCAGGAUCAUAUGAGGUUGAGGGGCAAGGAUAAGUCAGACCGUGCCACUGCUGAGCAGGUGAUGGACCCGCGUACGCGUAUGAUCCUCUUCAAGAUGAUCAGUCGUGGAGUCAUCACGGAGGUCAAUGGCUGUAUCAGCACGGGCAAGGAGGCUAACGUGUAUCACGCCACAGCAAAGGACGGCUCUGAUAAAGCUAUCAAGGUGUAUAAGACAUCCAUCCUGAUAUUCAAGGACCGUGACAAGUAUGUUAGUGGAGAGUUCCGGUUCAGGCACGGCUACUGUAAACACAACCCACGUAAGAUGGUGAGAACUUGGGCUGAAAAAGAAAUGAGGAAUCUCACAAGACUCCACCAAGCAGGUGUACCCUGUCCAGAGCCAAUUCUGCUACGCAGCCAUGUCCUGGUGAUGGACUUCAUUGGAACAGAAGGAUGGCCUGCCCCAUUGUUGAAGGACAGUGAGGUGAGCGAGUCCAAGGCCCGUGAACUCUACCUACAAUGUAUACAGAUCCUAAGAUCCCUCUAUCACGACUGUAGACUCAUACACGCAGACUUCAGUGAGUUUAACCUGCUAGUGCACGAGGGUAGCCUGUAUGUAAUAGACGUGUCCCAGUCCGUGGAACAUGACCACCCACACGCCCUGGAGUUCUUGAGGAAAGAUUGCACCAACGUCACAGAAUACUUCCGUAAGAAGGGUGUGAGCACACUGACAGUGAAGGAGCUGUUUGACUUUGUGACUGAUGUGACCAUCACGGCUGACAAUCUGGACCAGUAUCUGGACAAGUGUAUGAAGCUCACGGCCGGCAGAACUGCAGAGGAUGUCACCGAGGAGGACAAGGUUAACGAAGAGGUAUUUAAGAAUGUGUUCAUCCCCCGCACCCUUGAUCAGGUGGUAGACUUUGAGAGGGAUUUCUACAGACAGAAGAAAGGGGAUGAAACCGAGCUGCUGUACAGCAAGCUCACAGGUCUUACGACAGAUCUGUCAGGAUCCCAGCAGAUGCCUACUAUACUACAAGACACUGCGAAUGACCCAUCAUCUACCAAAGACACCAGACUCACAGAAGACACCCAGGACACACAAAGCGUUGUCACAGAGUCAGUAAAUGAAGAAGAGCAGGAGGAUACAAAUUCAGAAAGCGAUGAAAAUGCCUCAGAGAAUGAGGACAACUCUGAUUGCGAGAAUAAAAAGGAAAAAACAAAACUAUUCAUUCGAGAUAGAGAUGAAUCACCAAACUCUAGAAAGGAAAGGAAACGAAUAGUGAAAGAAGCCCAGAAGGAAAAACGUCUGACAAAGAUUCCAAAGCAUGUGAAAAGACGAAAAGAGAAAGUUGGCAAACAGAAGAAAUGAGCAUUUCACUUGGACUUAAAAAGGGUUGUAUGCCAGAAGAUGUUCCAAAGCCUUGCAACACCAGGGAUAUGGAUUAUCUGUGUACAUCAUUGGGUUGUCAUUGUGAAUGGCAUUUUUGUCCCCUACCGGUUUCACCGGAGGGGACUUAUGGUUUGCGCUCUGUGUGUCUGUCUGUCUGUCUGUGAGUCUGUCAGUCACACUUUUCUGGAUCCUGCGAUGUCCCCUACCAAUUUCAUCGGAGGGGAUUUAUGGUUUGCGCUCUGUGUGUCCGUCUGUCUGUCUGUCUGUGAGUCUGUCUGUCACACUUUUCUGGAUACUGCGAUAACUUUAAAAGUUCUUAAUAUUUUUUCAUGAAACUUGAAACAUGGAUAGAUGGCAAUAUGGACAUUAUGCACGUCAUUUCAUUUUGUUCCUACGUCAAAAAUUCUGGUUGCUAUGGCAACAAA